UAGUUAGAUAAAAAUUCAAAUGUGACUUAACUGUUAUAUGUGUUAACAUUGUAUUUAACAUUUAUGAAUAAAAGAUUAAAACUAUAUAACUGUUAUAAGAUGUAUUCACUCCUUCACUGUCUAGCAGUAUUAGUUUCUCUUUCUAACUCUUCCUGACCUCUCAUCAAUUCCUUUCCAUGGAUAACGCCUCCUCAUCCUACAAACUCCCACGGAGGUAUGAUGUGCUCAUCAACUUCUAUGGAGAAGACAUCCACAGAAAAUUUGUUUCUCAUCUCAAUUAUGCCCUCUCUACUGUUGGUCUCACCACUUUCCUUCACCACAACAAUGCAGUGAAGUCAACUCACAUCCAAGAACCUAUUCUCAGCCACUGUCGGGUAGCAAUUGUUGUUUUCACCCAAACCUAUUCUCAAUCUGCUUGGUGUCUUAAUCAGCUUCAACAAAUCAUCAAAUGGCACGAAACUUAUUGUCGACAUGUCCUGCCCGUAUAUUAUGAAAUCCAACCAUCUGAUGUACGUCUUCAGAACGGUUACUUUGGAAAAGAAUUGAAGGCAACUGCAAAACGAACAUUUUCAAGACAAGAACUGGAGCAUGGCAUGUCCAGGUGGAGCCAUGCACUCACCAAAGCUGCAAAUUUCUUUGGAUGGGAUGAGAGCAAUCACAGGAGUGAUGCUGAACUAGUGGAGAAAAUUGUUCAGAGCGUUCUUAAUUUACCAGUCUUGUCUGCUACUAAAUUUCCAGUUGGAUUACAAUCCCACGUGGAAGAUCUUAUUCGAACUAUCAAAAAUAAAUCCACUGAAGUUUGUAUGAUAGAGAUAUGUGGAGAGGAAGGAUCAGGUAAAACCACUCUUGCCAAAGCCAUCUACAAUCAAAUUAAUUGGACAUUCAAGGAGAAAAUUUUCAUUGAAAGUGUUUCAACAGUUUGCGGAAUAAGACAAGAUCUUCGUUUACUAGAAAAACUUCUUUUAGAUGUCCUAAAACAAAAGGUGGAGAUUCCUAGCAUUGAUGUGGGAAGAAGUAUGAUUCGGGAAAGACUUUCUGGGAAAAGGAUGCUCAUUGUACUUGACAAUGUUUCUAACUUUAGUUUAUUAGACAGAUUGGAUUGUCAUAAAUGGUUCGUUGAAGGAACUGUUAUAAUCCUUACAUCAACAUAUAAAGAACCGCUGAGAGAAGGUAAUUCUGUCUUUUGGGUAGAGCAAAUGAACGAAAAGGAGUCCCUUGAGCUUCUUAGUUGGCACGCAUUUAGAGAACCAAAACCAAAAGAAGAAUACAAAGACCUUGCAAGAAGAGUAGUUAGUUAUUGUGAAGGACUACCACUAGCUCUUGAAGUCGUUGGAAGUACUUUAUUUAAAAAGACGAAAGAAGAAUGGCACAGUUUAUUGUUUAAAUUUGCGAUAGUUGGCAUGUUUCAUGUUCCAGAGAUAAUAAAAGUAAGCAUCGAAAGUUCACUGAAUGAAAUGGAAAAAGAUAUAUUCCUUGAUGUAUGUUGUUUCUUUGUUGGUAAGAGCAGAACCUAUGUAAGGAAGAUCCUAAAUGGCUGUGGAGUAGACGCUGAUAUUGGAAUAAGAGUUCUCAUGGAGCGUAACCUCAUCAAAAUUAACAAGAACAACAAAUUUGGAAUGCAUCCUUUGCUACAAGAAAUCGGAAUAAGAAUUAUUCGUGAAAAUUCAGGAAAGGAUCUUGGGAAGAACAGGCGACUGUUGUUUGAUAAUGAUGCAAAUUAUGGGACAGAAGCCCUGCAGUGGUUGCCUGUGAAACUGCCUUCACUCAGUUGUGUACAAGCGACUGUAAAUUCUGAGUACCUUCUUAAGAAACUAAGAUGGAUCAGUUCGUAUGGGCUUUCUUCAGAAUAUCUACCAAAGAACUUUUAUUGGGAUGAUGCAACAGCGAUUGAUUUAAAACGCAGUCUUCUUCGAUUUCUCUGGAAAACACCCCAGGUUUUGAGAUCGCUAAAAGUCCUUAACCUCAGUCAUUCCAAGUAUUUAACUAUAACCCCUGACUUUACCGGAUUACCAAGUCUUGAACACCUCAUUUUCAAAUAUUGUUCAAGAUUGCUCAAAGUACACCGAUCUAUUGGAUCACUCAACAGUCUUAUACUGCUAAAUUUGAAAGACUGUACAAGUCUAAACAAUCUUCCAAAAGAGAUAUAUGAGUUGAAAUCUUUAAGAACUCUCAUUCUCUCUGGUUGUUCGGAGAUUCACAUAAUGGAUAAAGAUAUAGCAAAGUUGAAAUCCUUGAUAACUGUAAUUGCUGAAAAUACAGCUGUCAAACAUGUGCCUUUUUCAAUUCUAAGCUCAAAAGGCAUUGGGUAUAUGUCCCUACGAAGAUUUGAGGGAUUAUCUCAUAAUCUUUUUCCUUCUAUCAUUCGGUCUUGGAUGUCACCAACAAUGAAUCCCAUUUCUUAUAUUCAUUCGUUUUGCAUGGAUAUGAUGGAUAAUACGAUUGAUAUUGCACCAUUGCUUAGCACCCUUGCAAAUGUUCGAAGUGUUUUGUUAGCAUGUGACACCGAAUUUCAAUUAUCUAAGGAAGUGACAAAUAUUUUGGUUGAAUAUUUUACGAAUAUUACAGAAUCAGGAAUUUCAAAGAAGCACUUCAGGUGUUCUUUGAAUGGUGUUGGAGCAUACCAUCAAUUCUUCAAUGCUGUCAGCGAUAACAUAUAUGAGUUAGAAGGGCUUCGAUCAUUGAGGAGGUGAUUGUUGUUAUGAUUGACCAAGAUUGUGCGACCGUGAAUGAUUGGUGCACGUGCUAGAGUCACUGAUGGUCGCUAGCUAAGACUUGCAGCUGAUUCGUUGGUCAACAUGGUGAAGAAAGACUGACGUUUGACUAAGCAUAGGCAUUUAAGAAACGCAAAGGGUUAUGCCUAGCCAUUCGACUUUUGUGCUACCUACCCUUGGAACUUGUUUGUUUGAAAUUGUUACCAUUGGGAGAAGAGUGUGAUGCUUUGAAUCCUGUGUUUGUUAGUGUAUGCAACGUUAGGAUUCUUUGGGCCAUUGGAUGCAACUUGAUUUGAUAGUAGAGGAUGAAUGAUAGGAAAGGUCCUCAGGCUAUAAAUAGGGGUGGACCUAGUCUAUUAUUUUCACCUCUCAUCAUGUACUAAUAAUCAAAAUUGAUCGUUCAUCGUACUAAGAUAAUAAUGUUAAGUGUUCGCCUUUUUUCAUCCGAGGAGUCUUCUGGAGAAAGUGGCAGAGGGUACGUGGAUGAUGUUUCGUCUUCUAGGCUCGGUUGGCAGUGCAUCUAUAACUGUAAAUAUAAAGAAUUUCGGGUAUGUGACUCGCUUUUGUUGGGGCCAAAAGUUGAUUGAUUGUGUUGAGUAGUCAUACAUUGAUACGAGUGCUGACAUGAUCACCUUACAUGUUUGCAAAGGGAAUGAGCGAGUUUUUCAUUGACCACUAGUGUAGAAAAGGCUUUUAUCGUCUAUUAUUUUGGGUUUUUGGCUGAUCCCUCUCUGAUGUCUUAUUGGGUGAUGUCAAUGGGACGUCGAAUCCUACAAGGGACUUUAAAAGAUGUCGGCUCCCCCCAAUCGGAGGUCUAUAGAGACGUCAGAUCCCCCCAGCAGACGCCAUACGAGACGUCGACUCCCAUCAUAUCCGACGUCUACGGGUGCUGAGCAACGGUUGCUCGUACUGAGCGCAAAAAACCCUGGAAUUGGCACUAGAAGCCAUUUGACAUCUUUCUAUACACUAACCGACGUC